AUGGGAAGAAAAGGAACCAGAAAGAAGAAAGACCCAAACGCUCCAAAGAGAUCGUUGUCUGCUUACAUGUUCUUCGCCAAUGAGCAGAGAGAUAUUGUUAGAGCAGAAAAUCCAGGUAUUGCUUUCGGUCAAAUUGGAAAGAUCUUGGGUGAGAAGUGGAAGGCUCUUGACAAGAAGGGCAGAGAGCCUUACGAUGCCAAGGCUGCUGCUGACAAGAAGAGAUACGAGCUUGAGAAGGCUGAGUACUUGAAGACUAAGAGUGCUGCUGCAGAGUAA